AUGCUACAAAACCAAUCCAAAUUACGUGAUGAAAUAGACGUUGAACGUCAGGCGACGUCAGAUGCUACUGCAACUAUAAAAAAUGUCGACAAUCAGAUUGUUAAAGACAAUAACUCAUCACCGUCUAAUGAUACCUUAUUACAUGGUGUUGAACUAUUUCUAGUUGUUGUUGGCCUAUCAUGUGCUGUAUUUUUAGCCGCCUUAGAUCAAACAAUUGUUUCUACUGCUUUACCUAAAAUAGUUUCAGAUUUUAAUGGAUUGGAUCAAAUGGCAUGGGUUGCAACUUCUUAUCUACUCACAACGACUUCAUUUCAACCAAUUUACGGAAAAUUAUCUGAUAUUUUUGGUCGCAAAGCAACAUUCUUGGGUGCAAUUAUCAUCUUUGAAUUAGGCAGUUUGUUAUGUGGAGUUGCCACCAAUAUGGUUUCGAUGAUAAUAUACCGUGCAAUCGCUGGUAUCGGAGGUGGUGGAAUUAUAGGUCUCGUCUUAAUUAUUAUUACGGAUAUUGUUAGUUCUAAAGAUCAGGGAAAAUACCAGGGUUUCGUUAGUGGAUGCUUUGGUUUCGCUUCCGUAAUAGCCCCUCUCUUGGGAGGUGCUUUUACUGAUCAUGUUAGUUGGAGAUGGUGUUUCUUCAUAAAUCUUCCUUUAGGUGCAAUAACAAUAAUCGCAGUAAUUUGGUUUCUUCGGCUACCAAAACCAACCGGUUCAUUACUUGAUAAAAUUAAGAGAGUUGAUAUUAUUGGCACCACUGUAGUGAUCUUAUCAACUGUUUGUAUCUUAUUACCUCUCAAUUGGGGUGGCAGUACUUAUGCUUGGAAUAGUCCCGUAAUUAUAGCACUUUUAUGUGUUGGCGUAUUUGGUUACAUAAUAUUUGGUUUUGCUGAAUGUUACAUCGUUACUGAACCCGUUGCUCCACCUACACAAUCUGGAUUAGAUUUUAUGCCUUACAUUCUUGGUGUAGUAGUUUCUUUAAUUGCAUCCGGUCAAUUAUUCUCUCGAACAGAUAAAGUAGAGUAUCGAUUAGUGGCUCUAAUUGCUUCUGUAUUGACAAUAAUCGGUGCCGGAUUAACCACUAUGUGGAAUGAAAACACCGGAAAUGGUGAAUUUAUAGGAUACAUGCUAAUCGGUGGUGUUGGAAUUGGUACAAGUAUUCAAUCUAUUACAUUAUGCGUUCAAACAUUGGUUAAGCCGGAGGAUAUAGCUUCUGUUACUACUUUGUCAUUAUUCUUUAGAAGCAUUGGAGCUGUCCUUGGAAUUGCAAUAUCAGGAACAGCAUUUAAUAAUAAACUUUCUCAAGUAUUAAGUACUUUAACUUUACCUCCAUCCUUUUCAACACAAUCUGUAUAUACUAUACAAUCAUUGUCACCAGAUACACGUGCGAUAAUGAUUAUUUCAUCAUUAUUUAUGGGAAAUAGUAAACCAAUACAUCGAAGAGAUGAAGAAAAAGUCGUUGGAACUUAUGCACUUGAAUAA